AUGGCUGAUCCAGAACUUGAGGCGAUCCGGCAACAGAGGCUGCAACAAAUGCAGGGCUCUAAUCCGGACCAACAAAAGGCCAUGCAGGAACAACGGCAGGCGCAAGAAGAGAUGAAGAACUCGAUGCUGGCCCAGCUGCUAGAUCAGGAUGCACGUGCCCGGCUAAACACGCUCAAGUUAAGCAAACCGGAAAAGGCACAAAUUGUGGAGGCCAAUAUCAUUCGUAUGGCACAAAUGGGCCAGUUCGGCGACAAGCUAGAUGAUGCGAGCCUUGUGAAGUUACUCGAAAACCUCAAUAAGCAAAUGCCUCGGAGCAACUCGACGGUCAAGUUUGACCGAAGGCGGGCUGCAUUAGAUUCCGACGAGGAGGAUGAUGAUUAUGGUAUUUAA